AUGCAACGACGCUUCGCAUCGCACACCGCCCUUGCCGAGGCGACGCGCCGUGAGAUGGAGGAGGAGCAGCAGCGCCAGUCGAAACCGGCGAUGCCGCAGGUGCCGACUGGCUGGGCGGUGGAGCGGAAGCCCGGCGAAACUGUGUUCACGAUGCGCAAAACGUACGAGGGUGAAGAGAUCCUCCUCCGGUACGGCGGCACGACAGUGGAGGAUGAGGCGGUGGCGCACAACUUCACCGUGUUCGUGACGAACAAGAAUAAGACUCUCGCGUUUGAGUUGAGCUACGAGGACGGGGAGCUGGUGCUCGACGGGAUUGCAUUCCACGACGACACGAAAUUUGCGUUUGACGAGUCCGCGGAGGCGGAGGUGCGGCGUGAGAAGCUGUACGCCGGUCCGGAUGUGAGCGAGCUGGAGGAGGGUCUCGUUGACGCCUUCAUCAGCUACCUGGAGACGCGAGGCGUGGACGACAAGCUGGGCGAAUUCGUGGAUGCGUACAGCUUCUGGGCGGAGCAGGCGGACUACGAGGUGUGGCUCAGCGCCAUCAAUCGCUUUGUCUCGUGA